CUAAUUUUCUUCAAAAAAAACCUGAAUCUUCUACUGCACGAUCCAAAUCCACACUCCAACCCGUCAUUACUCACCAGUAAAACCCAGAAUCGGAGGAGUGGAGUGCGUGCAAAUAUGUAUAUAUAUAUUUUUUAUUAAACAAGAGGGACAAAGAGGUGAAAAGAAAUUCCAAGAAAAGGAAAAGUGAAAGGAAGGAAAUAUUCUUGAUGACUCUACUUUGGAUGCUUUAAUUGAUUUAGCGAAAGACGAUUCAAAGAACGGUCUUUGAUUUUAGGGAAUUUCGGAGAGAUGGGUUCUGCUUGCGAUGUCUAUUGGCCUUUAUGUCUCUGCUUUUCUUUUUGGAAAAACCAAAGAUUUUUGAGGUUGGCAAAGCAGUAUGAAGAGUAAAGUUCGAAUAAGAGGGCAAAGAAGAGGUGGGAUCGGGGGGGAUUUGAGAAAGAUAAUGAAGUGCCUAUGCUCAGGAGAGCAAUUAAGGGCAGAUGAUGAAAUGAUUUCUUCCUCUGAAUCUCUUGCGACCAAGGAUUAUGCAGUGAGUGGGUUAUCCUCCAAACCCGGAGAGGCAGACCAGAAGCUAGAUGCCACCAAUAUAGAAGAAGCUGAAAUAUCUCUACGUGAGCGUGGUUCCCUGAACUAUGAGGAAGCAAGAGCAUUGUUAGGUAGAAUUGAGUAUCAAAAGGGAAAUUUUGAGGCUUCUCUGCAAGUUUUUGAAGGAAUAGAUAUUGCAGCAAUAACUCCCAAGAUAAAACUUACACUAUCCAGGAGAGUAGAAGGUCAUAGGAGACGCUCACAAAAUCAUGCUAUGCCACCAAUGUCCAUCCACGCUGUCAGUUUGCUUUUGGAAGCAAUCUUUCUCAAAGCAAAAUCAUUGCAGGGGCUUGGGAGGUUUAAAGAAGCUGCUCAAUCUUGCAAAGUUAUUCUGGACAUAGUUGAAUCUUCAUUACCGGAAGGCUUGCCUGAACACUUUGGUGUUGACUAUAAACUGCGGGAGACCCUAAGCAAGGCUGUUGAGCUGCUUCCGGAACUAUGGAAACUUGCUCAUGCUCCAAGGGAAGCCAUCAUUUCAUAUCGAAGGGCCCUUCUCCAUAAUUGGAACCUUGACGGAGUAACCACUGCAAAGAUUCAAAAGGAAUUUGCCAUUUUUCUCCUCUACCAUGGGGGUGACGCAAGCCCACCAAGCCUCCGCUCCCAAAUGGACAGUUCCUUUGUACCUAGGAAUAAUAUAGAAGAAGCUAUACUCCUACUAAUGAUUCUACUUAGAAAGCUUUCUCUCAAAAGAAUUGAGUGGGAUCAGUCAAUCUUGGAUCACCUUUCUUUUGCUCUCUCAGUGUCAGGGGAUUUAAGAGCUUUAGCCAUUCAAGUUGAAGGGUUGGUUCCUGAGAUUUUCGAUGAGAGAGAAAGAUAUCUCCUUCUAGCGCUAUGUUAUUAUGGUGCUAAUGAUGGUUUGGUUGCUUUGAAUCUACUUAGGAAAUUUUUUAGGAACAGAGAGAAUCCAAAUAAUGUCAAAGCUUUAUUAAUGGCAUCAAAGAUAUGUGGGGAAAUUCCUAAUCAUGCAGAAGAAGGCAUAGAUUAUGCCCGCGGAGCCCUUGAAAGCUUGACUGGUGGAUGUGACCAAUUGGAAAGUACUGCUCAUUAUUUAUUGGGUGUUUCACUUUCAGCUCAUUCUAAAUCAGCUAUUUCUGAUUCUGAGGCGGUCACAAGGCAAUGCGAGGCACUUCAGGCCUUGGAAUUUGCAGAGAAAUUGAUGAAAAGGAGGGACCCCAAUAUUCUUUAUCAUCUCAGUGUUGAAAAUGCAGAGCAGAGGAAGUUGGCUGCUGCACUGUAUUAUGCAAAGUGCUUGGUAAAAGUAGAAGCUGGUUCUAAUGUUAAAGGUUGGCUACUAUUAGCUCGAAUAGUAUCAGCACAGAAACGAUUUGUAGAUGCAGAAACUAUUUUAGAUGCUGCUUUGGAUCAUACGGGAAAAUGGGAGCAAGGAGGGUUGUUGCGAACGAAAGCUAAACUUCAAAUUGCACAGGGUCAUUUAGAAAGUGCCAUCAAGACGUAUACUCAACUUCUUGCUGAUCUACAAGUUCAGAGUAAAAGCUUUGGUUAUGGGAAGAAGCAUCGUCAGGAGAGCACCAACAGUGCUAGAAAUUUGGAAUUGGAAAUUUGGCAUGAUCUAGCUUAUGUCUACAUAAGCUUGUCGCAGUGGCAUGAUGCUGAGGGUUGUCUUUCUAAGUCUAAUCGUAUCAGUUCUUAUUCUGCUUCUAGAUGUCAUGCAACUGGUUCGAUGCAUGAAGCAAAGGGUCAGUACAAAGAUGCCUUAAGCUCCUAUCGAAGUGCUCUGGAUAUCGAUCCAGACCACGUCCCCAGCUUGAUAUCCACAGCUGUGGUUCUCAGAAAGCUUGGUAACCGAUCAAAUGCUAUCGCCAGGAGCUUUCUCAUGAGUGCUUUGCGGCUUGACAGAAUGAACCACUCUACUUGGUAUAAUCUUGGUCUGCUAUACAAAGACGAGGGUACCCCAACGUCGUUGUUAGAAGCAGCCGAUUGUUUUGAUGCUGCGAGCAUUCUCGAGGAGUCGGCCCCAGUUGAACAUUUCAGAUGACAGAGUAAACCCAAAUCGACUACCAUGCGUAAACAUUCAAAUUUGUCAUUUGUACUGGUGAGAUGGAGUAGCAAUGAAAAGAUCAAAAGUUUUGUGUACAAAACCCUCCUGGAAACAUGGUCGCUCUUUCGUCUGUUUAAAUGGUUUGGUCUGGAAUUACUUCCAACAUUUUAAGCUGAUUAUCCAGUCGCAUUUGUUGUUGAAACAGAGUUGGCUGUUGGGCUCUUUGAAGAUUUGCACGUCUUGCUGAAUUUCUGUAUAUAUAAUAAGAAUAUUUGCAUGGAUCAAUGGGCCGAA